CUAUCCACAAAACGUUUGCUAAAAAUACCAUCGCGUGACUAUGACACCGGUUUACGAUAAAACAAAUAAAACCACGCGAGUAAUCAGUAAUUUAUAAUAUAAGCACAAUCCGUGUACCUACGUCGAGGAAAUCCGCCUAGCCGUCUAUCGUCUUCGUCUAUCUAUCCUACCCUAACCUCAAAAAGUGAACGAGAAAGAACGAAAAUAGAUGAGGGACAUAAAUAACAAAAUGUUGCUAAGAAAAGAAAGUAUAAGCAAUAAAUGUAAAAAGUAAUCUACACCCAACAUGGAUUUUCUCAUAGGAGGACUGGCAGCCUGUGGGGCCUGCGUCUUCAGCAAUCCUUUUGAUGUCCUGAAAACUCGAAUGCAACUACAAGGCGAACUAAGAGCACGAGGCAAACACGCAGUAUAUUACAAAAACGUAUUUCACGCCGGAUGGGUAGUGGCGAAGAAUGAAGGAUUGACGGGUUUGCAGAAAGGUCUGGGCCCAGCCCUUAUGAUGCACACUGUGAGGAACAGCGUCAGGCUGGGUAGCUACCAGUGGUUACAUAAAGAAGGAUAUUUGACGGACAAAAAUGGAAAAACCAUCAUCUAUAAAAGCGCAAUAGCGAGCGCUGUGACAGGAUGCGCGGGGGCGUUCUUGGGAAGCCCCCUGUUUUUGAUAAAAACACAAUUGCAGUCCCAAGCAGCGAAAAGUAUUGCGGUAGGGACACAACACGGUCAUAGAGGCGCUUUGCACGCCUUGAAAGAUAUUUACUUGCAGUAUGGAGUAUUUGGAUUAUGGAGAGGGGUUAGUGGUACCAUGGUAAGAGCGCUUGUUGGGUCAACAGCUCAAUUAACAUCUUUUGCGGUGACCAAAGAUAUACUGAAUAAUUACGAGACGUUCAAAAAGUAUCCCCUGGCGAAUUCCCUGAUUUCGAGUAUCGUUGGAGGAAUUUUUCAGACUGUAAUGAUAACUCCGUUCGAUUUAGUUUCCACUCGAUUAUAUAACCAAGGUGUCGAUGCUAAAGGAAGAGGUCUGUUAUACACAGGAAUAAUAGACUGCUUCCUGAAGAUAGGAAAGUCCGAAGGAUUCCUCGGAUUCUACAAAGGAAUAGGUGCGAAUUAUAUGAGAUUAGCUCCUCACGGAGCUUUGUGUUUAGUAUUUUGGGACAUUUUAAAAGAUUUACAAAUAAAAUAUGUAGAUACUAGAAAGCAUCAUUACUAAAAUGCAUUUUACACUUAAUUUAUUUUUGUAGAUAAUUUUUUUGAAUAUGUAUUAACUUUGUGAUUGUGAUCUUAUUUGUAUUUAUUUUUACAAAUGUACAGAAGUCCGUAGAAUAAAACUGCAAAUAUAUUGUA